GCUGCCUCCUGGCAUGAUGGGAAAAGUGGUUUGUUCUGCUGCCUCCGGCCGCUAACCCCAGUUCCUGAGCACGCGGGGGGGUCUCAGGACGUCGUCUGUUCUGUUCCUAAGCCGGCUUGCCUUUUAGUCUACAACGACACAAAACACGAGGGCAUUCCUGAGCCUUUCGGGAACCGGGUGGAAAGAGGAGAGGGUGGAUCCGGAGAGUGACCCGGAAGCAGAAGUGUCCCUUGCCGUGGAGUGCUGGGAAGCGGCAGCGGCGAGCACAGCGAGAGAAGCAGCACUCCAGCCGCCUGCAGCCCCAACCCGGGAGGAAGAUGCUAAUUAAAGUGAAGACGCUGACUGGAAAGGAAAUUGAGAUUGACAUUGAACCCACAGACAAGGUGGAGCGAAUCAAGGAGCGUGUGGAAGAGAAAGAGGGGAUCCCCCCACAACAGCAGCGGCUCAUCUACAGUGGCAAACAGAUGAAUGAUGAGAAGACAGCCGCCGACUACAAGAUUCUAGGCGGGUCGGUCCUCCACCUGGUCCUAGCCCUCAGAGGAGGAGGUGCUCUUGGGCAGUGAUGACCCUCCUCGCCCUGUUGCUCCUAAUGAAGCAUCACAUGUCUUCUCACUCUCUGGGACACCAGAACUACUGCCCCCUCCCUUGGAUGCC